AUGAGUUAUAAAGGUUCCAGGAAGGCGGGAGUUUUCAAGGUAGGCAAUGGCGGAUUGCGAGGCAGGUCCGAGAGCCCGAGUCCUCUGGGAUCCCGGUUCCAACAGAACCACCAGCAGUACCAACCAUGCUGGGGUCGCAGUCAACCACCGACAGCACCACUCCAGUAUUCGCCACGUGGACACCAUCACUCAUCGUCCACCACUUCGCUCCUGACCGCGGCAGGGAAGCCGCCUUUGAAUCCCCGUGCGUUCAGUCCGUUAAUCCCGCGGCGCCCCAGACCGCAAAUUGUGGCGCCUAUUCCCCGCGUGCUCGUCAUCCCGCGUGUCGAGUCCUUCCGGUCGAGAAGUCUCGACACGGGGCUCGACAACAAUGACGACGACGACGACGCUGUCACAGUUGUUCUUGAUGACGAAGAACGUGAAGAAGAAGACGAAGAAGAGGAGAAAAUGACGCGAUUGAGGUCGAAAAGUCUUGACACUGGCCUCGACGAUGAUAACCAAGAUAAAUUACCGACAGUCGACACCGAAGAAGAAGAAGAAGAAAACUUUGAAGAAGAGCAGAGGCGGUUGAGGGCGAAAAGUCUCGACACUGGACUCGAAGAACCGACGAUGACGGAAAUGAAAUCCGUCGCCGUUGCGAGCGAUGAGCUGCCGUCGCCGUUGAAACUCAUCAUGGACGUCGAGCUGGAGAAGAAAAAGGUCGUCCUUGGGGGCCUACAUCAGCAGGCGCCUUCAGCGACGCUUCCUUCAGAGUUCAAGAAGAACAACAAAAAUAUUAAGAAGAAGAAAAAGGAGAAUUUCAUGGACAGAUGCGUGAACCGAGUAAAGACUAAACUCAAGCUUUGAAUCAUGAUGGUGGGAGAUGUCGGAUUGUUUUUUUUUUUUUUUUUUUACCAUUCGAGCAAAUGUUGUCUUCUGUUUGUGAUAGGGAAGAUGGGAGGAAGCUUUUUAUAAAAAGUUUUUUCUGGCUUGUUUUCCAGUGGAAAUGAGCCGAUUGUUUUAUGGUGCUUGAAAGCUUGAAGCAGGAGUGUUUUUUUUUCUUUUCUUUUUUUUUGUGCUGACCACCGAAUUGGUUUUUGUUUUCUCUUCUGGUUAUUUUUUUUUUCCCGGGAAUCUCACUAAAUAUUCGUCGACUGUAGCGCCCUCAAUUUUUGUUCCAGUUCAGAUGGCCAUUGAAGUUCCAUGUUGACCCCGAAA